AGCGACGUCCAGGGAUGGGCCCCCCCCGGGGUCUCGGCCAGCCGGGGCCCCCGCCCGCUGUCCCCACUGGCGCCCCGAAAACGCCGCUACACGCUGACCCCCGGCAGGCUGCGCUGGGACCACUUCAACCUCACCUACAGGAUCCUGUCCUUCCCGCGGAACCUGCUGAGCCCCCGCGAGACCCGCCGGGGCCUGGCCGCCGCCUUCCGCAUGUGGAGCGACGUGUCCCCCUUCAGCUUCCGCGAGGUGGCCCCCGAGCUGCCCAGCGACCUGCGCAUAGGCUUCUACCCGGCCAACCACACGGACUGCCUGGCCUCGGCCCUGCACCACUGCUUCGACGGCCCCACGGGCGAGCUGGCCCACGCCUUCUUCCCGCCGCACGGCGGCAUCCACUUCGAUGACAGCGAGUACUGGGUGCUGGGCCCCACGCGCUACAGCUGGAAGAAAGGAGUGUGGCUCACAGACCUGGUGCACGUGGCGGCCCACGAGAUUGGCCACGCGCUGGGCCUGAUGCACUCGCAGCACAGCCAGGCGCUCAUGCACCUCAACGCCACGCUGCGCGGCUGGAAGGCGCUGUCGCAGGACGAGCUGUGGGGGCUGCACCGGCUUUACGGCUGCCUGGACAGACUGUUCGUGUGCGCGUCCUGGGCACGCCGGGGCUUCUGCGACACUCGCCGGAGGCUCAUGAAGAGGCUGUGCCCCAGCAGCUGUGACUUCUGCUACGAAUUCCCCUUCCCCACGGUGGCCGCCACCCCGCCCCCCCCCAGGACCAAAACCAGGCUGGUGUUGGAGGGCAGGAACGUGACCUUCCGCUGUGGACAGAAAAUCCUUCACAAGAAAGGCAAAGUGUACUGGUACAAGGACCAGGAGCCCCUGGAGUUCUCCUACCCCGGGUACCUGGCCCUGGGCAAGGCACACCUGAGCAUCAUUGCCAAUGCCAUCAACGAGGGCACCUACACGUGCGUGGUGCGCCGGCACCAGCGUGUGCUCACUACGUACUCCUGGCGCGUGCGCGUGCGGAGCUGAGCACGCCUGAGCUGGCAGAUAAAGCACUUUCUCUCACA